AUGCAGUCUGGUGAGUGCACAUUAACUAUCUGGCGAAUCUAUCACUCUCAGACUGGCCGCUUCCACUACGCCAUCCAAGAGCAGCAUCGCAAACAUGGACCUGUGGUCAGAGUCUCUCCCAACGAACUCUCCUUCGCUUCAGCGGAGUCGUGGAAGGCAAUUUACGGCCACCGAACCACAGGCGCAGCACCGGUGGUGAAAAGCGAGUUUUACGAUAUCUACGGCGCAGGCUUCAAGUCUCUAUGUAUCGGAAGUGAGCGUGAUCCUCAUAAGCACGGUCAAAUGCGCAAAAUGCUCUCUGCUGCCUUCUCUACAAAGAUGUUGCUGGAUCAAGAAGACAUUAUUACCAAGACAGUCGACGCAUUUGUACAUCGGCUUGGAGAAUACGUCUUCCAGUCCGAGGGUCUCAAUAUGACUAAGUGGUUUGAAAUGAUUGCUUUUGACUCGUUGGGUGAGAUGGCGUUUGGCGAAUCCUUUCACAGCGUCAAAGCUGGAAAGCCACACAGUUGGUCGGAGAUUAUAGUGAGCCAUCUAUACUUCAUCACACUGAUUGACAACCUCCGCCGCCUACCGUUUGUGGCUAGAGUAGCCCGCGUUCUCUUCCCGUCAACUUUGGCUGUCCAAAAUCAGAAUUCCCAGUAUAGCCGGAGAAAGGUUGAAGAACGUCUAUCCACAAAGUCGAAUCGCAACGACUUCUUGUCCACCGUUGUUAAGAGUUACGAAGUGGGAGCUAUCAGUAAAGAAGAGAUGACAGCCCAUGUGUCAACUUUGACAAUUGCGGGUGGCGAGACAACUGCGACAUUUCUUGCCGCGGCAACGUACUAUCUGCUCCGAAAUCCAGCGUGCCUGCUAAGACUCCAAGCGGAAAUAACGGACAGAUUCUCUUCAUUCGAGGAGAUUAAUGCCACUGCAGCUCGGCAGCUCCCAUACCUGCAGGCCGUCAUCAACGAGGGUCUUAGGCUGUACGCACCGGGAUCUCAGGGGUUUCCACGAUUGUCGCCAGGCAUGAAAGUUGGUGAUAUCUAUGUCCCAGCUGGUGCCGAGGUCUUCACGCACGCGUGGACUCUGACGCAUAGCGAAGAGUACUUCUCUGACCCGAAAAGCUUCAAGCCUGAACGCUGGCUAGAUGCAGAAUCCGCCGAUGUCCGAGAGGCUAGCCAGCCAUUUUCCAUGGGCCCCCGGGGCUGCUUGGGACAAAACUUCGCAUACAUGGAAAUCAACCUCAUCUUGGCCAAGAUGCUGUGGAAGUAUGAAUUAGAGCUGGUUGACAAAGAAUUGAAUUGGGAACAAGAAAGCCAGCUGCAUGUGAUGUGGUGGAAACCCGCACUCAUGGUCCGCUUUACGCAGAGGAAAUCUUAG